AUGGCCCCCAAACCAACACCCAAACCCAAAGCAAAACCAUCCAAACGAUCCCCCCAUCCCACUCCAAGACAAGAAAAAGAAAAAGAAACAGAACCCCCCUGCGAAUUCACCCACCCCUGCACAACCUCCACCUCUCCCUCAGGCAACGCCAACGCCUCCGGCAAGGGCGGGACCCACCCCCGCAAACUAAUCUCCCACAUCUUCGGCCGCAACAAGACCGCCACGAAGCUCUUCCCGUCCCACGUCUGGGUCCACUACUGCCGCAAGCACUACCAGCGGGCGCGGUACCGGGCGCGCGCAUGGCCGUUUACGCAGUGCGAUCUGUUGCUUGAUAGUCUGGCGCGCAUGGAGGCUUGGGGCGGGGUAGAGAGUUUUGAGGUGGUGCUCAGGAGGAGGGAGGUUGUGAGGGUUUCUUCGUCCUCAUCCUCUUCUUCUUUGCAGCAGUCCGGUACUAAGGAGCGGGUGGGUGAGGGUGAGGGUGUGGAUGGGUUGGGUUUGAAGCGUGCAAGACGGAAUACGACCUCUGCUUCUACCUCUGCGUAUGUUUCUGGGGAUGAUGAGGAGGAGCAUGGAGAUGCAGAGGAGGAAGAGUCAUCAGACGAUGGAAGGAAAAGAAGACAGAGACGCAAGCCGCGGAUCAAAGCGUGUCCUGUUCCCGAGUGGUUGCGCGCCGAGACAGGGCCUGGGAAGUCGUUUGCUGAGAUCCGGGCCAUUGUUGAGCGGAUUCGUGCGGAUCUGACGGAGCAGCAUCAGCGUUGCCAGAUGCAAAAGACAAACACCAAAAGUCAAGAGCAGGUGUUGUUUCCCGAUAUUGAGAUUCUGCCGACGUUUCGGGAGUGGGUUUUAGAGCAGGCUAAUGAGGAUGGGGAGGGCACAAGAAAGAUGUCAAGGGUGAGUAGGAAGGGAGCGGUGCAAAAGGCACAAAGGUGA